AUAUGCUUCUGUUUAUCGAUAAGCACGGCUGAGACUUGAACACAUGGACUGGACUUUUCCAGACCAAACUGCUAGGAAAAGAACAGGGAAGAUGAAGGGAAGAAACAAGGGGCAUUCCUUAUCUUCACCCUUUAUGUUGCUGUUCUUCUGUAUUGCCGGGCACACAACUGCUGAGCUGGAUGACAGCAAAGAGGAGCAUGUUGUGGGUGCUGCUUGGCCACCGCUGAAGCUUGUGCACUCAUUCUGUGCCAUGAAAGCAGACGAUGGUCCGUGCAAAGCCAUCCACAUCCGCUAUUUCUUCAAUAUUAAAAGCCGCAAGUGUGAAGUAUUUGAAUACGGUGGAUGCCAUGGCAAUGAGAACAACUUCCUAACACUGGAGGAAUGCCAGGAGAAGUGUGUGGCAAAAGAGUUGCCUCAGAAGAUGGCAUUAGCGAAAAUUAAGAAAGGUUUGUUCCUAGGAAAGCCUGACUUCUGCUUCCACGCCCAAGAGCCGGGGGUCUGCCGAGGAUAUUUCACCAGGUACUUCUACAACAAAGAGACAAAACUGUGUGAAGCUUUCAAGUAUGGUGGGUGUCUAGGAAACCAGAACAACUUCAGGACUUUGGAGGAGUGCCAGACUACCUGCCAAGACAACUCAAAUUUAUUGCCAACUGUUGCAGCUGAAGAGCAUCUCAGCAGUGUGAACAGUAGUUCCUCAGCAGAACAGCAUCCCAACAGUGUGAACAGCAGCUCCCCAGCAGAAGAACAUCCCAGCACUGUGAACAGCAGCUCCCCUGCAGAAAAACCCAGCCAGUCUCCUGGGAUUUUUGUUAAUUUGUUGCCAGCUGCUCCAAAUGAGAAGUCCACCACCCUGAACAGUAGUUCCUCAAAGGAGGAGCCCAACCAGUUCCCCAUUUUUUUUGAACCACCUGCUAUCCCUUCUUUGUGCAUGACCCCUAUGGAUAGAGGGCUUUGCAGAGCCAAAGAGUUAAGAUUUUUCUACAACCACUCGACUGGAAGGUGUCGCCCAUUCAGCUACAGCGGUUGUGGUGGGAAUGAGAAUAAUUUCAUCUCCAGAAAGUCGUGUUUGAGGAUCUGCAAGAAAGGAUUCAAUAAGAAAAAAGGUGAAAGAAGAUUAAUAAAAAUAAAGAAAAAAAGAAAGAAACAGCCAGUAAAGGCUCUGGGCAUGGAAAUCGUCCCUGAAAGAAUGCAACUUUGAUUUUUAUGGAAAUGUGAAGCAAACUACUCGUCACCUGUGAAUGAAAACCUUCAGUGUACACCAUUAAAAUAUAUUUACUGUACUGAUUAUUUUGAUUAUAUAUUACUAAGCUGCAUAUAUUUUUAUUAUGUAUUCCUCAAUCACAUUAAUAAACAUUA